CUCGCCGCUCUACCAUCCACUGUUCGCAACGCUAUGUCUCUCCGUCUGGCCCUCAGAACAGGCAGACUCGUCAGGCAGCUGCCCGUACGCCAGGCAGCGAUCGGUACUGCCUGCGUCGCUCGCCGCUUCCACGCCUCACCGUCCACCCAGGCACCGUCCGAGUCGCCAUUUACCGAGCCGACGUCGCCCAACCCGACGAUCGUGCGGCAUGCCGAGACGACCAAGGCUCUGCACGAAUUCGGGGCGUACCUCCUCCAGUGCCUGCCCAAGUUCAUCCAGCAGUUCUCUGUUCUUAAGGACGAGCUCACGCUCUACACCCCGCCGUCAGGCAUCGUCCCCGUGCUCACCUUCCUCCGCGACCACUCACAAGGCCAGUUCAAGAGUGUCAUGGACAUCACCGCUGUCGACUUUCCAGAGCGCGACAAGCGGUUCGAGGUCGUCUACAACUUGCUCAGUGUCAGGCAUGGAGGACGUAUCCGUGUUAAGACUUAUGCCAGCGAGGUUGAUGCAGUUCCGACUGCUGCGUCUCUCUAUCGUGGUGCCGAUUGGUAUGAACGUGAAGUCUGGGAUUUGUUUGGUGUCUACUUUGAAGGCCAUCCCGACCUUCGUCGCAUUUUGACGGAUUAUGGCUUCGAGGGUCAUCCCUUACGCAAGGACUUCCCGCUGACUGGCUACACUGAGGUUCGAUAUGACGAGGAGCGCAAGCGUGUCGUUUAUGAGCCUCUCCAGCUUACCCAGGCAUUCAGGAACUUCGAUGCCCUCUCUCCGUGGGAGCAGGUCGGCGAUGGUACCACUCCCAAAAGGCCUGACGAGUUCAAACACGUCCCGCUACCGCCUCCCCCACCUGCUGAGAAGAAGUAGAUGUGUAGCAAUGCACCAUAAUAUUAUCUCUUUCCAGAUCCGAGCUGUGCUCGAACAAAUAAUGGUACAUUCACCCAAUGUUCC